CCUAUACGAAAAGAAACAAAGAAACAUCUAUGAAUAAUACUUUUUUGGUUUAAUGUGAGAGACAGACAAUUUUACUCCAAUUAUCAUUUUUGAAGUUUCCAUUGCAAAGGGCCCCAACUCACCAAGUCUUCUACAACAAACAAGCUAGGCGGCGUCGACUUAUGCAUGACUGACUCACCUUCAUUGAUCUAUAAAACAUACAAUAAUCAAUCACAUUUCUUUCUAUCUCCUUCUCAUUUUGCUUGCCCUUUUCUCCUCCACUUGUUUUGUUACAUUAUCUUUCGCGACUUGUAUAAGCUAAUAUUUGGUUGAUGCUGAAUGCAUAAAUUACAUUCCAAUUUUUCUUUCUAUUCUGUUGUUUUUAAUAUUCAUUCUUCUUUUUGUCUAUUCCUAGUAUUUUCCCUUCUUGAUCAUAACAUCAUCUCCUCUAGUCACGAUUCCAGUUGACGAUUCAUGUUAGCCGACCCCAAAUCACCUUGGGAAUAAGGCCUAGUUGUUGUUUGUUUGUUUGAUCAUAACAUCAUCUAAUCGUUAUUCAAUCUUCCUCAAAAUGACCGCCAUUUGGCAUAACGCAGUCGGAGGACUAAUUGCAUGUGAAGCUCAUGUAAUAGUUACAGUGGUGUUAUCACGCAUCACAGAGGAAAUCAAAUUUGCGAGGAAAUACAAAGAAGAAUUUGAGAAGCUUCAUGAGCAGUUCGAUGAUUUAAACAAGCUGUUACAUGGUCCAGCCGAAAACUCCUUGGUACCGAACAACAAUGUGCUACUAAGUGAUUGGCUGAGGAUGGUAAAGAAAGCAGCAUAUGAUGCAGAUGAUCUGCUUGAUGAGUAUUCAUAUGAAACUCUGAAGCGUGAAAACAGAAGCAGACACAGGGAUAAGGUUAAAGAUAAAUUCACGUCUUAUCCUGUUCACCGUUGUAUCAUUCAUAGAGUAAAGGUAUUGAGGAAGGAAAUAGGUGAGAUCUACAGCAAGGGUGAAAAGCUCGGCAUCACACCGGUGAACUUCGUUGCUACUACAAGUAACCAAGGAAGUAGUAGUCUAGUAGAUCAAGUCAUGAUGAACAACAAAGGAGGCUGCAGGAACAGCGACAAUGGGUGGAUUAUGAUUGCCUCGUAGGACGGAAUAACGACUUGAAUCGGCUAGUUAAGUUGCUGUGUGAUCCUAGCAACAAUACUAAACAUCUUACUGUCGUCGGAAUCGUCGGCUUGGCAGGACUUGGAAAGACAACAUUGAGCAAACAAGUUGCAAACGUACCAGAAGUGGAGGGAUACUAUUCUCGGAUUUUUUGGCUUGUGGUCUCUCAUACCUUUGAUGUGGGAGUUAUUCUGAAGAAAAUGGCUGAGCAACUUUUUAAAAAUGCUUCAAACAUGUCGAACUCGGACGAAGCAAUGGUUAAAGAUCUCAAGAGAAGCUGAAAGGCAAGAGGUAUUUACUUAUAUUAGAUGAUGUAUAGGAUACAUUUGUUUGGGAAACCUUAAAAUGUGCAUUACAAGAUAUUGGUGGAUCCAAGGGUACUACCGUUUUGAUGACUUCGCAGGACAAGAAGGUAUUGGCAAACAUAAACACAUAUGGAGAUGAUAUUCAGAAGGCCACUUAUGAAUUAGAAGGGCUUGAUGAAGAUGACAGUUGGUCUCUCUUCAAGCGAACAGUGGGUAAUGGCAAUCUUACUGUUAGGGAGUUCCAAGAGUUAGGAAGGAGGAUGAUAAAGAAAUGUGGUGGCGUUCCUCUUGCCAUAAGAGCUCUAGGUGACCUGUUACGUAACAAAAGUGUCGAAAAGUGGGACGAGGUUGAGAAACACCCUGUAUGGCACAAAGAAGACGGCAUCCUACCGUCUUUGGAAUUAAGUUUCAAUUACUUGCCAAAUGUAGCUUUGAAAAAAUGCUUUUCAUAUUGUGCCAUUUUUUUCAAGGAAGAUGAGGUGAUCCAAAAGGACAAAUUGAUUCAAAUGUGGAUGGCGCAAGGCUUCUUGCAACCAUACGACAACAUGGAGGUCGUUGGGGAAGAUUUUGUUGAUAUUCUGUUGAAUAGCUCCUUGUUCCAAAAGGCAAAUUUCGAUCAGCUUGGGAAUGUGAUCACAUUUAAGAUACAUGAACUUGUAUCAUCUCUUGCGCAUAUUGCUUCAGGAGAAGAGUGCUCGAAUUUGGAAAAUAUUUUAAAUUUCCAGGACUCUUUAACGACAGAGGUUCGUCACCUAUCAACUACUCUCCUUCCGGGAAAAGAUCAUCCUUAUCUUACUUCCAGUUUUUGCGGGAAGUUGCGUACUUACUACUACUGCUACCCUCAGGUUAAGCAUCUACAGGAUUGUGAAAGUUCAGAAUUAUUUCUGAAGUAUGCUCGGUGUUUAAGGGUGUUAUGUUUGCACCAUCUUGACCUACAAAACUUACCCACAUCCAUUGGCGACUUAAAACAUUUGAGAUACCUUGAUAUCUCUCAGAAUUGCUUCGAGACACUUCCAGAUGUGAUCAUUAACCUCUAUCAUUUGCAGACUUUGAGGAUUGACUAUAAUACUAAGCGUGAGCUCAGAUGUUUUCUUCCACAGAGCAAAGUCUGUAACUUGGUCAGUCUGAGGCACAUUAGUGCAGAAUUUGUUGACAUUGGUAUAUUACAAGGCAUGGGGCAUUUGACUUCUCUGAGAACUUUGUCUACUAUCAAUCUGAAAAGCAAGUGGGGUGGGAAAGCAAGCGAUCUAGGUUCUUUAAACAACCUUAGGGGCAUAUUGGCAAUAAGUGGACUGGAUGCUAUAACCGAUAAAGAAGAAGCCAGAGGGAUACAUUUGGGGAGAAAAUCAAAUGUUGAUAAGUUAAUCCUAAAAUGGUCUAUGAAUUUAGAUGAACAUUCCAGGGCGAAUGGCAUUCUACAAGGCCUAGAACCCCAUGAUAAAUUGGCCACACUUGAGGUAGCUCAUUAUAAUGGCUCGAGCUUCCCACAAUGGUUGAUGGUUGAUACACAAGGUUCACAACGACAUUGCAACCUCGUCUCCCUCACAUUGCAACAUUGUUUGUAUGCUGAGGGAGAUCUCAAACUGGAGAACCUCACAGGUCUUCGUUUCUUAUUGUUGGAGUGUUGUGACAAAUUAACUAUCUCAUUUCCCGAACAUGGAUUUCAGUGUUGCAAGUUGCUUGAAUCUCUGAAGCUGAUUUCUUGCAAUAAAGUUGGGAAUCUUCCAAAUUUGUCGCCAUUAACUUAAUUGCAAUACCUGGAAGUUACAGAUUGUGACCGUAUUACUACUUCAUCUGAAUUAGUGGGAUUGGCCUGUCUCCCUUGUUUAAGGGAAGUAAAUACUGAUAGACUGUUACCAACUGAGUUGAGCAAAGAUAGUCCAUUGUGCAGAUCCCUUCAUUCAUUGAACUUGUCGGCGCCACAAUAGAACGCCGAAAUAACCACUCUUCCUUACCAGCUUCGACAUUUAAUUUAUCAGCACUGCAAUCACUCCAUAUUAAAAAAUUUCAAAGUCUGCAGAUUUUACCAGACUGGCUAUGGAAUUUGACAUCACUUUCGUCGUUGGCUCUCUGUUCCUUGACAAAUUUGAAGCAUAUGCCUUCACAAGAUGCAAUGCAAAGGCUCUCCAACUUAACAAGUUUGUGCAUUUGGGAAUGCCCUUUCUUGGACAAACAAAUUCGCGAAAACACUGAAGAGUGGUCGAAAAUUGCCUGUAUCCCUUCCCUUGUCAUUGACUACUAAGAUGAAAACAGUAUUUUUUCAUAGAUCAUACAUCUUUCUGGAUCAUGUUAUAGGUAGAAUAAUUAGCCAAUAUAUAAUGGUGUCUCAUGUGUACCAUUAGUUAUCUAUGAACAAAUUGUUAGUGCAAUACUGUAUUGGAGAUUUAAGUCA